GUGCCAGGUGGGCGCGGGAGGGGCCUGGAGUGCGCCUGCGCGUCGGAGCCGGAGCCGCGGGAGGAGGCGGGAGCUGAGGAGGCGGCGGAGGGGGCGGGUCGCGUCCGGCGCCACGUCCGCAGCCAGAGGCCGCUACUGCCGUCGUCGCCAACGGGGUCUUCUGGCUCCAAAGCCUGAGGAAGCGCCUCCCGAACCCGCAGCUGCCCGGGGCUGUGACAAUCGCUCAAGCCACCGCAGCGCUCUUCCGUGCUGCCGGCUCCCUCCGCCCAGCCGCGGCUCCAGGCGCCGACCCUCGACCCCGGAGGAGAUCAUGAAUCAGGCAGAUAAAAAUCAAGAACUCCCAUCAUACCUUAGUGAUGAACCACCAGAAGGUUCAAUGAAAGAUCACCCACAGCAGCAACCAGGCAUGUUGUCCCGUGUGACUGGCGGUAUCUUCAGUGUUACAAAGGGGGCUGUUGGUGCCACCAUUGGUGGUGUGGCUUGGAUUGGUGGGAAGAGUCUGGAGGUGACCAAAACAGCUGUUACAACUGUGCCUUCCAUGGGAAUAGGGCUGGUGAAAGGGGGCGUGUCUGCUGUGGCUGGAGGUGUUACAGCUGUUGGGUCUGCUGUUGUAAACAAAGUGCCCUUAACAGGAAAGAAGAAAGACAAAUCUGACUAAAAUAUGGAGAUACACUUGCUCUCCACAGCAUUAUGAUGCCAGUGGCAUUGAAUUGCUAAAUUAUGGACUACAACGAAGUCACCUGUUUGGACGUUUAUCUUCUAAACUGCUGUGUUGAAAGUAUUGAUGACUGGCUUUUGUCUAAAAAGAAGAGACCAAUACUAGCACAGUGUAUGAAGGUUUCUCAUACUUAAAUUCCAGCUUUUUAUCUGGUAAAAUGUUACUCUUACUCAGUUGUAACUGAAGAUAUGGUAUAUUUGAUAUUUACUAUAAGUCUUUCAGUUUAACUAAAAAAUGUGAAAGUUGAAUUUAGUUGAUGAUCUUUAUAGUUCCAUAUGUAUAAUGUGCCAGGUAACUCAUUUGCCCCUUAAGAAGGGAACCUUGAACUACAUAAACUGUACCUUUGAUGUGCCUAAUAGUUUCAGAUGUCUUAGUUUUUUUUUAUAACCAUAGUUGGUUAGGCCAAGAGGCAUUCUUUUCUUAUUUAAGCUGGUAAAAGUAGCAGGAAUUAGAGAAAUUUAAAAGAAGAGGUAAAUGGUUUUAUGAUACUGAGUGUUCACCAUCUUUUGUUAGAUAUGCAUUACAUUAAUUUAAUCAUUGAUGCCUUAUGAAACAUCUUUUUAAUACCCUAACCAUGUGCAGUUCUUAGAACUAUCUAUGGAUUCUUUUAAAAAUUGUGAAAUUAGCUUUCCCUCUUAAGAAUCUCAGGAGUGGUGGGUUAAAGGCAUUUCUUGCUCUCAGCAGCUAAGGUAGUGCUUCUAGGCGUUUUGUUAACUGUCAGUGUAGUUACCAGCCGAACGAUACAUUUCAGUCUGGUUUCAUGCUCCAUCUUUAAUACACCUCACAGUGCCUAAGGAAUCUUUCUUUGCUGGUCAUAAGCUCUCUUGGAAGUUUCACAUUAGGGAGGAACAGAUAAUUUUAAAUUCUUAAGAAUCACCUAAAGCAUCCCACAUAUAAAAAAAUCUUCAUCAGUUUUAUCUUUAGGAUGGCUUAAAAUGUUAGCAGUACCCCUUUUUUAAAAACACAGUAAAAGCAGCCACAAAUAUGGGGGAGCUAACUUUGAAAUUGAAUGAAAUGGGCUCCACAGAUUAGUUUUGAAUGUAAGAUAUGUAUACAAGUGCUGUCAGUGGUUUACAGGCUUUUAAAACGUUAUCUUACAAUCAAUCCUUAAAGAAGUCAUAGACUUUGUACCAUUUCCAAGUCAACUUCAGGCAGGGAAUUGAAGUUUUUGAUUGUGGAUGAUAAAGUGCGUCAUGUCUUCUUAACAUGUCUCAUGUCUCAUUCAUUCUCAAGGAAUAUGACUUAGCUGGAAUUCAUCAUUUUUUACAUAUUCCGUUUCAUGAAAAAUUUUUUAAAGUGGCACACAUAUUUGGUAUUCCUCUUAACUGAGGGUUAUAAUCCAAGUCUGAAAAAUCUUAGUUUUCUUUAUACUUAAGUCUGGAAAUUUGCCUCCAUUUUGCAGAAGUGUGUGUUUGUGUAGCAAAGGAGGUGAUGCUCUGGAGUAAGUCAGUCAGAGUACAUCCUUGAGAAGGUAAAACAGAUCACUCUAGCAUCCAAGGCUUAAAUGUCUUUCUGAACCACUAAGAGCUUUACAUUAAUAAUGUGGAACAACAAAUGGAUAAGAACAUAACUUUUAAAAGCUUUCAUAAACACCAGGAGGGAUCUUAAGCAAACCUGUGAAGGUUCUUGAACCUACCAUUUUAUACAGAACUGAAAAGUUGAGUUCAUCGUAAAUGGUCGUUAAUUUCAUGCUCUAUGACUUAAGGUAUUUAAAAUACCUUUUGGGUGGUGUAUCUGGUCAAACGUCAUAAUCAGCAAAAGGGAUUUUUAAAAGUGACUCCAGAGUUAAUUGAUGAACACUAAACAGUGAUCUAAAUAAUGGUAUUGGAGAACUUGUUUCCUGCUAUUUGAAAGAAAUGAUUGCUUCAUUGCUAGUUUAUAUUUCUAAUUUAUCUUCUAUAGUCAUAGGUUCUGCUGUGCUUUGUACCUGAAUUUCUAAACACAGACUUUAGUAUACUGUGUGCUUGCAUAUUUAUUUUCAACCUUGUCUUUAAAAUUGCUUGAGGAAAAAUGGUUGUGAUUUCUGCCACAGAAAAGCCUCCUGGUACAUUUUAGCUCUGAACUAUAACUUUAUUCAGGAGAGGCUUUUGCAAGGAUGGCAGAGAAGUGUACAAAGGCACGAUUAAGUUACAGAGGUUCUUGUUGCAGUGAACUUGCCAUUCGAUGACACAUACAGUUGUACACUUGAGUCUUCCCCAGUGUACUUGCAUAGACGGGCAGUUUGACCUGUGAAACGGUACUGGUUCACUUCAAGAACCUAAGGUUGAUACAUACACUUGGAGGCAUCUGUUAUUCGGUGUAUCUUUUGAGUGGGUAUUUGGCACAAUGAGGAUGAACUUGUGUGACCCACUUGAAUGCCUGAUCUAAUAAUGUUGCAUUAUGAAUCCUGUACUUAGUGAAAUGUCAGAUGAAGAUGAUUGGUGAUUGAAUAAAAUUUUUGUAUAAAGGAA